GCUUGGCGCCCACGGUCUUCCGUACCGGCGUCUCCACGGCGACCGUGGGCUUGGCUACCUCCACAGUGGUGUCGCUGCUCUCCGCGGCUCGGCCUGGCCCGUGUGCCACUAAGGCGGGGGCGCCGCAAGUGAGGCUGGGCCGGGGGAAGGCCGCACCUCUCAGGCCUGGGCUGUGAAGCCCACAGCCUCGGGUGCAGCUCGGCCUUGCCUGGGUGGGGAAACCGAGGCAGGACGCGCCGCGGGGCAGGGGCCUGCAGCCAGCCUCUGGGAUGACGGCUCUCGGGAGAGCCCGGCUGUCUCUUCCCUGCUGGUGUUUCGCCAUUUCCCUUCGGAGGUUUGCGGGAGGCGGUGGCUGGCCCUGUGGUCGGAGGGUGGGCCGAGCCGCGGGAAGCGUCUCGCACGCCCGGCUUCGGUGUCGCCUCUUUUUGCGACCCAUGUGCACCGCCCCUGCUGGGCCGGAGCGGAACGCGCGCCAGCCAUGGGCUACCCUGACCCUAAAACCCGAGGGCACCCCGCUGGCGUCGUCACCGAUGCGUUGGGGCCCCCAGCGGAAGGUGCCUCGCGGAGCCGGGCUUGCGGAAGCGCUUCCCGGGUCCUCCCGGUGUCUAACCGGGUGCGGGCCCGACUCAGCGCGGUAUCGGGGCCCAGGUGGCAAAAGACUGCAGGAUUCCUAGCCUCGCUGAGCGGCACAAAGAUAAGCAACAGUGCAAACCCUCAUCAUUUCGCGACAGGGUUACGUUUGGUUUACACACGUUAAGAGGUUCUCAUCUGUUUAUAGCCCUAGAGCAGUCAUUAGUGUGCGUAUUUGCGUUUUCCAGAAGUAAAAAAAUAAAUCUUGGAAUUCUGUCUUACAAAGUGAGAACAGAGAAUAAUAAUCCAAACCUUCUUAUAGUCCAGUUUUUCUACAAAUUUAAAAAUCAAAUUUGUCACACUGUUUAUUAAAAACGAUGGCUUUUUGAGCGAGUUAAGUCACUGCAGACAGACCUGCUGUAUAGUUACUCCACUUCACCUGUGUGAGUGUGUCAGUAUGGUUAGCCACUUCCAUGUCUCUCCUUCCUGUGUCCCCAGGUGACCCCAGACCUAGGAGGAUGAGCUGCUGUUGCUGGGGAACAGCUGAUGGAGGGAGGCUGCUCCUGCGGAGGCCCCUCUGGGGCUGCUGAUGGCCCGGAGGACGGUGCUGACCAGGCUGAACACUUGCUGGCCUUGCCCUCCCAAGAGAGCGGCUUCUCUUCUGCACGGAUGUUAGACUUGAGUCAAAGUGGUCUGCGCCACGUGGGAGAAGUCUUUAAGUUCCCCAGCGUUCAGCAAUUGCAUCUUCAGAGGAACGUCCUCUGCGUGCUCCCUAAAGAUUUCUUUCAGUUGCUGCCAAACCUGACUUGGCUGGACCUCCGGUAUAACAGGAUCAAGGCACUGCCUUCCGGGAUUGGGUCUCACAAGCAUCUGAAAGCUUUGCUUUUGGAAAGAAACCCCAUCAAAUUGUUACCUGUGGAGCUGGGGAGCGUAACUACGCUCAAAGCUCUGAAUUUGAGACACUGUCCUCUGGAGUUCCCUCCACAAGUCAUAGUGCUGAAGGGUCUGGCCGCCAUCCAGACCUUCCUGCGCAUCUGUGCAGUGGAGCGCUCCCUCCCCAGAGACCCCGCCUCGCAAGAGAUGCCACCAGUUAAAAUGACGUUCCUAAGCGGCCUUCCAAAUCCUGCCUUGCAACUGCCUGAAGACUAUGUGCUUAAGGGGAAAACGGCUGUCUCUCAGGACCUGAAGGGGGCCCUGUUGGAAGGCAAGUUGAGCUUCCUUCCGCCUGUGGAUAACCUGGACCCACGUGAGCUGAGGAAGUCGUUGGACUCAGCGGAGCACUGGCCCAGCGAGGAGGAAAUCAGGCGAUUCUGGAAACUCAGGCAGGAGAUUGUUGAAAAUGAAAAAGUCGAGGUUCUUGAGAAUCAGCUCCUGCCGGCUAAAUUGCCACCAAAUCUCACGGCAGCAUUAAACAGUGAGAAAGAACGUCCGAAGCCAAGACACAUUUCCAGACAGGAGUUUUCAUGGAGAGAAAUACCAGAGCGUGCCUGUCGGUUCUCUUUGCACAGAAGGAAGAUCCCCUCCUUCAAGAACACCUUACCUCAUCUCUCAUCAUCAUACCAGACGGUGAUUCAAGCAAGAACACUGGAGGAAAACCGGAAGGCAACCCUGGGGCAGCUCCGGGAGAAGCAGGCUCCGACAGGGCAACAGCGGCGGCGAGACUGCAGAGUGCAGCGGGAGUGGCAGGAGCAGGCCCAGGUGAUGAAGAAGCACACAGGAGCGCUCAAUCAACGCCUGCCGCCUCAGAAGAUUGUGGUCAAAAAGCUACGAGAUGAAGUCACAAAACUAAAAUUGAGAUGUACCUUGAGCAAAGAGCAUCAGCUGCCGGCUCUCCCUAGAGACCUUUCACUUCACCCACCAACAUCACAGCCUCAAAAUAUAUUUUUCACACAAAAUCUUAAGAAUCAGAAAACGUGUGUAAAUACCAGGGACAGACAGUGAUCGCCAUGCUGGAGGCAUCUCCAGGCGCAGCAAGCUGCUCUGCAUGUCAUCGCGGGGUGGCCGGCGGCACAUCUGGGAUUCAAUGCUGUCUUGUCACGUCAUGGCAGGGUGGCUGGCAGCACAUCUAGGAUCCAAUGCUGUCUUGUAGGUUAUCUCCCAGCCUGUUGUGUUCCUUUUCUGAGGCCUCAGAUGGUAUAAACUGCAUUAAAAGACAGAACACUUGACAAGCCACCUCGAGUUUGUUCCUGGCAGCUCCUUCCACCGAUGUCUGGAUGUCCGUCCGUCCCCCCACCCCCAACGUUAUAAAUGUAAUCACACCUUUCCCUCAACUCGGUUAAUACAGUGUUGUUCACCAGAUUCAGAUUUCAGCCAAGUUGGAAGUCCCAGCAAGGCCAUGUGUGGCCAGGAGGGAGCAGAGGGAGCUGCCUGGGGCUCCAUGUGCGGCCAGCUGGUUCCCUGCCCAGCCCUGUGCUGUCCUGUGGCCUCAGCCCUGCCCGGCAGCCGCCCACUGAGCCUGCAUGUGGGACUGGAGUCCAGACCUGCCCUCAUGGGAAAGGCCCAUCUCUAAGGCUCCCUCCGCCCAGCCUGUUCAGACUGUGAUUCCAACGCUGAAGACUCUUGAAAACAUCUUUGAUGUGAUUUAACUGAUAUAAGACUGACACAGACUUGCUUUUUAUGUCAAUUUUGGUAAAUAUGUUUUUCUGGGAAUUUUUCCGUUUCAUCCAAGUUGUCAAAUGUAUUAGCAUUGUUGUUCACUGUUAUUUCCUCACGAUCUUUAAGAUCAUCUAUCAUCAUACCUCCUUUUGUUUUCUUGAUACUGGUGAUUUGUUCUCUCCCCCCCCCCUUUUUUUCUUUUUUUCUGAAACAGGUUCUCACUCUGUCACCCUGGGUAGUGUCCUGGCACCAUGGUAGUUCACAGCAGCGGUUCUCAACCUGUGGGUCACAACCCAGAGGAAUUGUAUUAAAGGGCCACAGCAUUAGGAAGGUUGAGAACCACUGGUUCACAGUAACCCCAAACCCUUGGGCUCAGGAGAGCUUCCUGCUACAGACUCCCUAGUAGCUGGGACUGCAGGCACCCACCACAACGCCGGGAUAGUUUUAGUAGAGACGGGUUCUUGCUCUGGUUCAGGCUGAUCUUGAAUUCUUCAGCUCAAACAGUCCACCCACCUUGGCCUCCCAGAGUGCUAGGGUUAUAGGCGUGAG